GAAGCAGCCGACAAGAUGCACGCUAUCCGGGUUAUCGUGAUGCUCCUGACAGCGUGGAACGUAGCUGAACAUUAUGCUAAAGCGGUACAGCCCUCCGAGCAGGACUAUGAAGAAAUGAAUAGGCAGGAAGCUGCGAACAUAGAAAAGUUGCGCACCCUUCUAACUGCCGUAGAUGAGGAGCCAGUGAUUAAAGGCAGACCGACCCUGAAACCCGCUAACCCGACUAUUAACGUACAAAUCAACGAAUGGCUCGAGAAUAUGUUGCGUCAUAAUAAGAGGGGGAGACAUAAUGGAUUCUAUGACGAAGAAAAUACUUCGAAGCCUUUCGCUUGGACACCGAAGAACUCCCACUAUUACUAUUUGGAGGAAAACCAAUUUCGAGUGAAAACGACGCCAAAUUAUGAACGAAGUGACUAUGUGAUGGACCACAUGAAGAGACUAGGCUUGGCACCUAAGAUCAGUCCAGAUUCUGAAAUAAGCAAUGCGCUAGUGGCUGACGAAGUGGACGAACUCACUCGUGGAUUGACUAAUAUGGAAUACCGCCUGCCUGUCUCCUUAAUACCAGCCAAUCUGCGCUGGUUGAAAAUAAUGCAUCCGUCUGUUGAAACUUAUACCGAAGAGAGCGACAGCACGGCCAGGCCUCGACACACCUUCUUAUACGAAACGAACGCCUCCAACCUCUCGGAUUCUAUCUACAGCAUCGCAAUCCUCAUCGGUGUGAUAGCUGCCAUCACUGUCUCCCUUAUAGGAUUGACGUACGGACUCUACGUAUUAUCGAAGAAAAUAAGAGCACCUGGCGAGCCCGAUUACCCUGCUUACGGUGUUACCGGACCCUCGGACCCCAACGGCGACAGUAGACUGGCGCAGUCUGCGCAUCUCUACCACUACCAGCACCAAAAGCAACAGAUCAUUGCUAUGGAAAGGGGUGGUGUGCCGGACAAUCGUCCUGGAUCCGUUUCCGAGCCAGAGUCCGAUGAGAACGAAGAAGGAGACUACACCGUGUAUGAAUGUCCCGGGUUCGCUACCACUGGUGAUAUGGAGGUUAAGAAUCCGAUGUUCUCGGACGAUCCGACGCCCGCCACUCCCGGCAAGUGCGAGAUCGUGCGACCCCAGCCCAUAGAGUAAACAUCUGUGGAUCCA